GGAGCGGAGCGGAGCGGGCGGCGGUGCGGGCUGCGGUACCACCAGCAGCGGCGGCUCUGCGGGGCCGCGCCGGUCUCGGCCACCCCCCGGACUCCCCUCCGGCUCUGCCCGUCCCUCCGCCCUCCCUUCCUUCCCCCCCCCCCCCGCAUCUCGUUUUUUGCUUUAUUUUUCUUUUCGCGGCCCCCCCCGCCCCGUUUCUCCCAGCAACGCCGCCCCCCGCCGCCCCCCCCUCCCGCAGCAAGAUGGUGCAGAAGAAAUCAGAGAUCCCGGGUUUCCACCGCUCCUUCAAGGGACAAAACCCCUUUGACCUGGAGUUUGACCAGUCCAACCACCUGGAGCCCGUCUUCAACUUUGAGUGCCCGACCCGUCCCGACAUGCCUUCAAGUCAACCCAUCGAUAUCCCGGAUGCCAAGAAGAGGAACAAGAAGAAGAAGCGCUGCAGAGCCACCGACAGCUUCUCUGGCAGGUUUGAAGAUGUUUACCAGCUGCAGGAGGAGGUGCUGGGAGAAGGGGCCCAUGCCAGAGUCCAGUCCUGCAUUAACCUCAUCACCAACAAGGAGUACGCAGUGAAGAUCAUUGAGAAGCGCCUGGGACACAUUCGCAGCAGGGUCUUCCGGGAGGUGGAGAUGCUGUAUCAGUGCCAGGGACACAGGAACGUCCUGGAGCUGAUUGAGUUCUUCGAGGAAGAGGAGAGGUUUUACCUGGUGUUUGAGAAGAUGAGAGGAGGCUCCAUCCUGACCCACAUCCACCGCAGACGCCACUUCAACGAGCUGGAGGCCAGCAUGGUGGUGCAGGAUAUCGCCAGUGCCCUGCACUUCUUGCACAACAAAGGAAUCGCACACAGGGAUCUGAAACCAGAAAAUAUUCUGUGCGAGAGCCCUGACCAGGUCUCCCCAGUGAAAAUCUGUGACUUCGACCUGGGAAGCGGCAUCAAACUCAACGGCGAUUGCUCCCCCAUUUCCACCCCGGAGCUGCUCACACCGUGCGGCUCUGCCGAGUACAUGGCCCCAGAGGUGGUGGAAGCCUUCAACGAGGAGGCCUCCAUCUACGACAAGCGCUGCGACCUGUGGAGCUUGGGAGUCAUCCUGUACAUCCUGCUGAGCGGGUACCCCCCCUUCGUGGGGCACUGCGGCUCCGACUGCGGCUGGGACCGGGGCGAGGCCUGUCACACCUGCCAGAACAUGCUCUUUGAAAGCAUCCAGGAGGGGAAAUACGAGUUUCCCGACAAGGACUGGGCGCACAUCUCCUUUGGAGCCAAAGAUCUCAUUUCCAAACUGCUGGUGAGAGAUGCCAAGAAGCGGCUCAGUGCAGCCCAGGUCCUGGAGCACCCCUGGGUGCAGGGGUGCGCCCCGGAUAACACCCUGCCAACCCCCAUCAUCCUGCAGAGGAACAGCAGUGCCAAAGAGCUCACCUCCUUUGCCGCCGAGGCCAUCGCUGUCAAUCGCCAGCUGACGCGGCACGACGAGGAUGAGGAGGAGGAGGCGGAGGAGGAAGCACGACCCAUCAUCAUCAAAGCUACCUCACGGGCCAUGCAGCUCUCCCCCCCCUCUGAGUCCAAGCUGGCCAAGCGACGGCAGAAGAACAGCCUGGCCAAGGCAGUGGCCGCCGGGCAGCACCUGGUGGCCCCGCUGGUCUUGGUGGCCGACCAAGCCUGAGCUGUGCCCCGCAGACCUGCUGUACCCCAUGUCCCCCCUCCUCCUCCUUCUUCCUUUCUUUCUUCCCUCCCCCCCCCAUCCCUAUCACCCCCACCAUUUCUGGCUAGUGACAAGAUCAGGACUCGUCCCUGUGGCUGGUUUCCAAGGUUUUGCUGAUCUUGUAGGUCUGGGGGUGGGAGGGUUUGUUUCAGAUGUUGGUUUUUUUUUUUCCCCCUUUUUUUUUUUAAGGUAUUAAAUCAAGCGUGAGGUUGCUUCACCCAGGGCACACUCAAGGACAUCUGACAGACACACAGACUUUUGUUUCUUGGUUUCUCCUCUGACAUUUCCCCCCCCCUCCCCUUCCCCGACACCAAAGGACUCUUUGUAUCCGCGGCUGCUUUGACGAUUUCAGCUCAUUUCAUACUGUGAACAAAAGACCCUCGGUCGCGUUUUCAACAACGGGAGUCGCGUUUUAACCUCGUCCCUCCCCUCAGAGCUGCAGGUCUCUCUCUGAUGUUGGGGUAGAUCCCUCAAAACCCUCUUUUUUUUUUUUUUUUGGGGGGGGGAGGAGUCUGGGAGCCCCUCCGUCCCAUGCUUGGGGGUGUCCCCAUCCCUGCUCCAGGGGGGUGCAGUGGGUCUUGUGCAGGGAACCGCUGGGGAGAAAUGAUGCCAGCGAGGGAGCAGUGCCCUGACCCACCAAGCCACCCUCUCUCCUCAGCAUCCUCCUUCCAGAAUAAGCUAUUCACCCCCUUUUUUUUCAUUACAUUUUUUCACCCCCCCCCCCGUUUUUUUUUUUUAAUUGUUUGUUUUAAACUGCUAGCUGUGCUUCUCUACAGGGCACGGAGAAAUGUCUUCCUCUCCUCCCACGUCUCUGGCCGGCGGCUCCCCCAGGGGUAAGCUCAGAACCAGGGGGGCUGCAACAGGCGUCUGGGGCCAGGUCGGGUGUUGCACCCCUGUUUUUGGAGGGGGGGGGGCUCACUGGUGAGGGCCCUUGUGGAGGCAUAAGGGGUAUGAGGUUCCCCAGGGUGGCCAGAGCAGCCAAAAAAAAUACCACCCCCCUGGGAAUUGCGGGGUGCUCUGUGGAAAGAGAGGACCCCUGGUAAAGAGCUGGAAGGUGUGGUGACCUAGUGUGGCUUUGGGCUGGCCCUGAGGCUGCUGUGGUGGGAGAUCUGGGGGUGCAAAAGGUGCCCAGUGCCCUGGGGGUGCUGGUGGGUCAGUGGCCGGGCUGGUGGCAGCCCCCAAGGACCCAGGGCAUGGAGCAGCAGCCUGGGAUGUGGGGCCAGAGGGUUUGGGGUUGGGCAGCAGUGCCUGGGCAGUGCAGGGUCUGUCAGGUGGCUGGGGAGACCUGGGCACGUGUGUUCAUGUGUGUUUGUGCAUGUGUGUGCGUGGAGUUGCCCUUUCCCCGGAGCUUGCUUUGGGGAAGGAUGGAGAUGCAGGUGUGGGAAGGCUUUGGGAUGCUGCAUCGGGACGAGGCCCUUGGCUGGUCUCUGGGGCUGGAUCCAUCCGUCCGGGCGAGCGGUGCCCGUGCUUGGAGCUGGGCUGGGGUCCAGCACCUCCAAACCCCUCAUGCACCAAGUGGAGCAAUAAACCUGUGCUCCCCACCCCCCAGCUGGGCCUGCUGGCUUCCCUGUGUCCCACGGGAGGGAGGGAGGGUGCCCCCUUCAUUAGCCAUCUCCUCUCCCUUCCAACCCAAUGCUUUGAGCUUUAUCUUUGGAAGAAGCAGCCUCAGCCCCUCGUGUGCACAGGUGAUGACUUUGGGAGCUUGCUUUGAGCUGGGGAAGAGACUUCCCCAGGUCUUCAGCUGAAGACAGUCACUGUCUCCGAAAGAGAAAGUUCUCCUUUUUAUUUUAAGACUGCUGACAGCAAUACUAUGCAAUAUGUGUUGUUUUUUUUGUUUCAGGGAGGUGUGUGUGAGUUAUCUCGGGAGAUGAUGAUCUCGGGUGUUGAUGGAGUGUGGGGUAGGGACUGUCUUUUCUUGCCCUUCCUGGCCCUUCUGCCAAGUGGUAUCAGCAGGCUGGCGAGGGCAGCCUCUCCCCCCCACCCCAAAACCACCUCACACUUGCCAUCUGCCCUCUCCCCUGGGUGCCCCUGCUCUCACCACACCAGGUGGGAGGUGGUAUGAGGACAACCCCCUCUCCAUGUAGGCACCAGGACAGCACGGAGAGGCCUCCUUUAAAGGCGAAAGCAAAACAAAAUCCAUCUUGAUUGUACAUUGUUAUUUUUAUAGCUUACUUUGUUUUAUCAGUUGUAGAUAAUUCCUUGUUGUCUUAUAUUAAGAAAUACUUGAAUGAUGUACAGUACGCGAUGCCUUGAGCUGGUGUUGUGAAAGCUGUUGUCACUGCUGCACGCCGCAGCCCUUUUUAGAAAACAAAAUCAUGGGAAGGGGAUGGCAGGGGGAUAUAUGUCUGAUUAAUUGUUUGGGUCCCCGUGGCUUUUGUUGGCAAGUAGAUUUUUGUCUUUCCCCCCCCCCCCUUCCCACUCGUAAGACCGGUCUCUUUUGUAUAAAUACACACUCUGAAGGGCCGGCGCGUGGCUUGGGUGACCUGUGGGUGCUGGAGCUCGUCCCUGAGGGCACUUUGAUGCUGGGCAACCUCAGCCAGGGCUGCCCACAGACCCUGUGGGUAUUGGCAUCGAGGGGAUGGAGGUGCCAGGCAGCAUCUGAGCUCAUGGUUGGUUGCUUUGCCCAGGCUGGGCUCACGUUCCAGCUCGGGGGGUUUGGUUUGACCGUGGACCCGGGCGCUCCACGGGGUGGGGGGGACCCAGGGUGGGUGGGGGGCUCCCCCAGCUCUGGGUGCAGCGUGCGUGGUGGGGGCUGUGUGUUUAUGAAGGAUCCUUCAAUGCCUUUAGAGCUGGGGGACUGACUCCAAGCACCUCAAGCCCUUGAGGCGUGUCGGGCACCCGUGGGUGCCUCCGCAGUGAUGCUCCUGCCAGGGCUGGACAUCCCCUCCCAGAGUGGUUUCCAGACAGAUGCUCCCUGACCUGCAGUCCAGCACCAGCCAACCCCCUCUUGCCAACCCCCUCCUUCCUCCUCUUCCUCUUUUAAAGCCUUUCCCCCUCAUAGAGCAUCUGUCUUGGAAACCAACUUCAAAAAGAUUUUAUUAUGAUGAUGAUUUUUUUUUUUAAGGCUGGAAAUUUUAAGUGUUUUUUUGGCUUCCUCUCCUUCCCCCCCACCCUUCCUUUGGCCAACUAACUCGACUUAGAACUGGUUAGAAAUGUUUACUGUGAAGCUAACUUUUUUUUUUUAAUUUAAAAAAAAAAAAAAGAAAAAAUCAAACCAGGAGAAACUUUCUCCACUUUACAAUUGUUGAAGAGACUGCCAAAGCUGGUUUGACAAGGGUCACGUUAAUGCACUGUUGGUUUGUACAAGGGCAGCUUCCACUUGGGGGCUGGUUGGAAAACAACAACAACAAAAAAAAGAAACAGAAAAGACAAAAAAACAACACACACAAAAAAUUAAAAAAAAAGAAAAAAAGAAAAAAAAAGAGAAAAGGAAAAAGAAAAACCACAAAAACAAGCACUUUACUGUAUGUACCAGGUGAGCUGAUACAGCUGAACUGAAGUUUUUUCCUUUAUAACAAUUGUUGAUGCCAGAAUUUUGUAUUCUGUUUUGUAAGAAUUUAAUAAAAAUGCAUUGAGA